AUAAGAAGAAAGGUAGAGAAGAGGAGAAAUACGUGCGUGGAAAGUGAGGAAGAAGAAGAGUCGUCCGGGUCCUCGUUAGCGCAUCGUUCAACCGCGAGGGAUAAUUAGCUCGAUCGCCUCUUAACGAGGGACGAGGUAGUUAGAACCGAUCGUAAAACCCUUGUUACGGGCUGGGCUCUUUCGGAAUUCUUGUGCACGAGAUAUUAAACGGAUAUCUCGAUUCAGUUUGCUACUCGUGAAUCCAGAGAUACUUGAUAUAACACGACUGCUAAUCGAUUGGUAAUAAUUAAACAAACACUUUUAAAGGAUCUUUUUCAAUCUGAAUUUGAAACAAGAUCGAGAGCGUCAUCAGUAGCAUGAUCGGCCACUAACAGCUACCCCGACCCGAUUAUUAUCAUCCUGAUGACGAUCUUCAUCUUCAUCUUUAUUCUAAACAUGACAGUUUUCAAUUUCACCGUUGCGUUCGUUUCGUUAAAUCAAACAAUUCUAUUUUGGAAGAAUUUAUUCUCUAGUAGCAGUACUGUUCUCCAGUAGUAGUAGUAGUAGUAGUAGCAGUAGCAGUAGUAGUAGUAGUAGAAGACAAGAAGUCCAAGUCGGAGCUCGCGUUUACCCAGCGAUUUAGAACGCGACGGAAAACCGGUCGUCACGUUAAGGCGUUGAUCCGUAUGGCGUAUGGGGGUAACAAACAAGGAACCGAAGGGUCGUUCACCGAAAAGAAAACGAGCGCUCGUCUUUGGUUCCUUUGAUCUAUUUUCUGGUACACGCGUGUACACUCUCUUGCACGUAUCAUUUAUAAGUAAUAGCGACGCUUCCUUGAACGCGGCAACGAUCUCGUUCGCACCAUUUAUAUGUACAUCCUGCGAUCGUCGCUUUCAGAUCGGUAUUCGGGAAACGAGAAGAAACAUCAACGCGGGCAUGUCUUUGAAACAUUUUCGCGCGGCAUUCACGGCACUCGUGCUUUGGACUUGGCUCGUUUUCAGCGUUACCGGUUGGCCUACCGCUGCCGUCGGACCGUCACCCACGACAAGACGUCGUCACGAGUCUAGUGCGAUCGCGUCGAUACUGGAGACUGGAGAUGCGAAAAGAGACAAGUCGCCGCCGAGCUCGCCGACGCGGCCGGUUCGCCUCAAUUUACAUCGGCUACCUCCGUCGCCCGCCAAUCUGUUGAAACCCGACGGAUUUCAAUUCUACACGUACAACGAGAAGGGCGAAAUGAUCACCAAGCAAAUGACCAUGCAGGAGAUUCAAACUUUGAUCGCGGGUGGCGGCCCGGACCAUUCGAACGGCGAGGUUCAAGAGCCUCAAAAAGCUGAGGAUAUUCUAAGCGGUGGAAAAAAGGUGAUGGACGUCGUGGAGAAGGUGCAAAACGUAUUGAAAAGUGCUAUGGAUAAACCGUUAUCUUCGUUAACCGCCGCCUCGCAACCGAUGAUUCCGGAGAAGGCGAACGUCGAAUGGAGCAAUAUAUUACCCGCUAUUUUGGCCGGUGACAAAUACGGUAAUAAGGUCGAGGAGGCGACUCCAGACCCGUUAUCCGUGUCCGUUGCCAUUCAGAAUUCGGAUUCGUCGAAACUCGACGUGAACGAAACUGACGAACCUGAAGCCGUUACCAAAUACUACGCGGAACAAAACGCGACCUCGUCGACCAUCCGAGUGUCAGAAACCGCGAGCACCACGGAGAAAUUAAUGAUACCGGUGUCCGUUAUCACGACCGAGCGGACCGUCGAGCAAACCACUAAGCAGCACACCGUUCAGAAUACCGUAUUUAAUAGAACGACGCGGCCCGACGAAUAUCCAAAUCGCGAGAAUGGCUCUGUGUCUGAAGACAACGGCAGCCCCGCUGCUGUCGCUGGCGAGAUCAAAUGGACGACGAUCGAUGCCAUUCUACCUACGUCUUCCGUUUCGAUGACAAGUAAUAACGACAGCGUGACUAAUAAAAACGAGACUUCCGAUACGGAAGUAGAAGUGAACCCGACGAUUUCCACGACGAUAGAUGAUGUCAAAACUCCUGUGAAAACGCAAACACCGUCGAUCGCCCUCGAGGUUGAAACUUCCGUUACCAGCGAACCGUUCGCCACUCAUUCAUCCACCACCACUGCAACGACCGCUUUCACGGGCGCAAACAAACAUAACGCGAGUUCAAUUGUGUCCGAUGCGAUUACGAAUCUGAGCGAAGAACCUUUAAUGAAACCUCUGUCUACGGAGUUAAUAAAUUCGUUGUCGAGCGUAAUCAAUCAAGUAUCCGAAAAAGUUUCCACGGUUUCUCUUCCUUCUGACGACGAGCAAAUUCGAUUCCAAACGGUCGCACACGGCGAAACCGAGGACAGACACAACGACGUUUCCGAUGUUACACCAGCGGCGACAACUGGAACGGCGGCGUCUUCUACGAUUCACCGAGAAACGGAUGACACGAAGAAUGUAACGUCUACGGCAUCAACGAUUGAAGAGAAGGUGGUAUCAUCGACCUCGGCGAUCGAAUCGAGCGAAGAGGAAAAAAUGCCUACUACACCUGUUGCCAUUCUUUCUUCUGAUGCAACGAACCAGAACCAUUCAACGUUCUUGUUCAACGAGACAAAAACACCGAUUAGUAACGUCACUAAUUUCAAUUAUUCAUCGCCGAUCGCGAUUAUCGAAAGUAUGCUCGAAACUGCUUCGACGGAAGCGAACUUACCCGCUACCGAGUCGCUCGUGCUUCCAAACAAUUUAGAAAAGUUCUCGGCUAGCACUUUGGCCAGUUCGCUGAUCGCCGGUCUUGACCUCAGCAGUCUGAACAAAACGCAGACGACACAGGUUCCCGAACAAUUGAAUUCGACAAAAAUCGUAACGAACUCAUCGUUAAUCACGAACAAUGAAAAUAACACUCGACAAGAAGAUCCGGCGAUCAAAACUGAACUUCCUUCGAAAGAGGACAAUAAACCAUCGCAGAAAGAAGUAGAAAAGAUGAAUGCGACAGAUGUGAGAAACGCGUCUGUCGCUCCAACGACAAGUUCCACCGAAUCGUAUCACGAACAAGACCAAGUAUCCAUCGUUUCUGAAUCUACGCUAGGGACAUCGAAUGCAACUCUUUUAUCCAAUAAUAUAACAGUCACCGAACCGACUCUGUUUGAAAUUACAUUGACCAACGAGUCAGCCGUUAGUAAACCAUCGUCAACCUCGGAAAAAUCCGAGGAAGCAACCGAACUGAGAACCGUGGAACAAAAUGUUUCGAGUAACGCGAAUAAAUCGGUGAACAAUUCGUCGUUAUCAUCGAGUCCGCUGCAGAAGGUCGAGGAAAGCAUAUUGAGAAUAGAUUCUGAAACGAACCCAACUCCCGGGGAGACUAGGAAUGCCUCGCGGAUCGCAUCGAAAGAUGAAAGUACUACGACCGAGCGCAUAGAAGAGAGCACGUAUCGCACAACGACCGACGGAAAUGUAUCUCUUACGACCGCGAGUGUAGAGAAGUCGAACGCAACGAAAGAAGCACAGGAGCAACGUCCGCAGGUGGUUGAUAAUUCGAGCACGACUGCGACCAACUUGAACGAAACGAAAUCGGGUCACGAGGGAAUCGUUUCUACAAUUGCCGCUACGAUCACCGAGGUGACCAAACCACCAAAAGUGACGUCGUCAGAAAACGAGGAGAUUAAGUAUUCGAUGAACGCAACCACGCCUGCUCUAAAUUCCAUUACGAAAGAAUCGAAGGAGGGCAACGAGACGCAAAGCGUAACGACCGCGACGAAUACGGUGAAUGAAUCGGAGAACAAGACGAAAGAUUCGAGUCUCGAGUAUCAGAGCCAUAUCGGUGCGAAUGCUUCGAUGGAAAUCUCAACGACAUCGGAAAUGUUUCGCAAUAAUGAAACCAUUGCUGGUGCUGAAAUUUCGUCGGUACCACCGACCGACGACUCGAAUGGCACGGAUAUCUCGAAUCACGGAUGGCAGCAAAUAUCGUUGAAGCAAACGACGACUUCGUCUCCGUCGAUGAGCACGCAAACUGCGAGCACAACGACGAGCACGGUUCCCCAAACGGAGCAGGCAGAAGAAUCGACUGUUUCUCUGGCCGCGUCGCAAAGCAUCGGCGGACUGGACACUAGCACGAGGAACGCUAGUACCGAUAUCGUUAACUUCGCGAGACUUUGCAAUGAGAUCGCGAUCAGAUUUUGGAUCUCGGCGAACAAAGGACUGAGCAUGGGGAGAUCGCUGGUCGUUUCGCCGUUCGGUAUGACUAGUUUGCUAGCAAUGAUCUUCCUCGGUGCUCGCGGCUCUACAUCUGAGCAAAUGAACGAAUUGCUCGGACUCGACAACGUGGCUACUUUCAAUCCUCAUCUAAUCUUUCAAAACGUGACGGACACCGUGAGCCUUUCCAGGAACCAGGGCGUAGCGAACGCAGCGUUCGUCCGCGAGUUGUUCGCGGAUAAAGCGAAAGUGAGGAAGCUGCUGCCGUUCUACAAAGAGCAGGCGCAGCAAUUCUACGAAGGACUGGUCGCCGAAGUGAAUUUCGCGACUAUCAGCGAUCUUGCUCGUCGCCGGACGAAUCUAUUGAUCAGGAAGCAGACCGGUGGCAGGAUAAAAGACUUCGUGAAGAGUAACGCGGUACCACUGAGAUCACCGUUGGCUGCCAUCUCAGCAAACGUCUUCCAAACGGAUUGCAACACGAGUCUGACCAGCGUCGCGGGUCGAGACGGCGAACUCUACUUCGCCGUUUCGUCGUCCGCUCACAGACUGAGGAAACUCGUACCCGUUCCGGCUACCGUCUGGCGAUCGAACGUCCUCGCCGGCUAUGAACCCAGUCUAGACGCCACGGCGAUCGCCGUGGGUGGAGUAGAAAAGAUCGUUUCAACGAUAUUCAUUUUACCUGGCCAACAGGGCCACGCUGCACCCGGCGAUACUCUCGACCGUCUCGAGCAGAGGCUCGUCAAGGCAGCUUUCCGGGAUGGAGCUUGGGACAAACUCCUCAAAGUGCUUAUACCGAGAACAGGCCUCGAAUUACAGAUACCGAAAUUUAGUCAUCGAUCGGUCAUCAAUGCUACCGCUGCGUUGAAAAGAAUGGGCCUCGAUCAGUUGUUUUCUAGUCAAGCCGACUUUAAAGGAAUCAACGGUAUCGGAAAUCGAUUAUUUUUAUCCGACGUUCUACAGAUGAAUCUAUUUAGCACGUGCGGUGACGAGUACGUCGCCAAUGGACGACACCACGUUGAAAUAUAUCCCGCGAGUCCCGCAUUACGAAAUUCUCGAGACGACGAGAAAUUACGUUUCGACGACAGUAUAUCGAGGUCGAUCGAGGAAGCGUCGGCGUUGGCGAGAAACCUUGACAAAUCCGAAGACAGGCCUAGAUUGAAACUGGAUCAGCCGUUCCUAUACUUCGUUCGACACAAUCCAACCGGUUUCAUACUGCACAUGGGCCGUUUUAAUCCCAGGUUAAUGUAAGAGACGACGAGAGACAAAAAUAUCGUCUUGGACGUGUAUCGGAAGUGGAUCGAGCAAGUUUCUCACUAUCGGCCCACUAUUACCUUACAGGAGGGUGGUACGUGUUCGCGCUUCUUGAACAACUUGUUUCGAGAGAUCGGCGACGACGACGAGCCAUGCGAAACAAAAUUUAUUUCGUAUCGAGCACGUCGCAGAAUUAAAACUUCUGUACAUGUACCACCCUAUAAACUUGGACGGUAUUAAUAGAGAGCUUUAAUAUUGAGAGAUAUUCAUAUUUUAAUCGCGCGUAGCAAGCGAAGAAUGGACUUUUGUUGCGCGAGAUGUCUUCACGAACGUUUCCGAACUAAGUGAAUGAACAUCGCAAUUUGUUCCGCUGUAGCUGAUCGAUAUCACUUGCUAUAGAGUAGUUAAUUUUGUUAUUCGAGAUAGAUGCACUUCGGCGCAUUUCGAGAAACUAGAAACGACCAAUUUAGGGGGAUAAUACGUAGUAGAAUAUAGUCGAUAAAGAUCACACAGCCUAUUUGCU